AUGCACAGCCCUUUCUGGGUCUCUUCUACCAACUCGCCGUCGUCGCCAAAGGGUCGCAACAUGGUCGAUCUUCCCCCUGAAGUCUGGCUGCACGUAGCACGAUUCAUCCCGGAUAGCGACCUUCGAGAUAAACUUUGGGCUGUUAAUAGUUUGUUUCUUGACAUCGGGAUGAACCUUAGGUGGAGGCAGGUGCUCAUCAUGACGAGGAACACAGUGGGCCCUAUGCAUAUCCUCGAAAGACUGUUAGACCCCUUUGUCGCAAAGAGAGUCCGAUAUCUUAUUCUGCGUCUCACCCAUGUGAAGGACCCUUCUGCCGAGCCUCUUUCGAACGUCAACAACAAGCCGUUCAGACAGAUCCAACAGACGUUCAGACGCGUCUUUACGACCAAGAAAGAUACCGCCACGGUCAAACAACGCCCACGGCCCACCUUCACCGAAGUCAUUGACGCUCUCAUCGCCACGACGCCGAGUUUCACCCACAUUCACGAAUUAAACAUCGACUGCUGGGAUUUGCCUCCAUCUUACAACCUACGACCACUUUUCUCAUCCAUCUGGGCCACGUUUGGGCCCCGUCUGGAAGGCCUUUUUCUCGGUGGUAAUGUGGAAGGGUACCGCGAUCUCAUCGCAUCAAAGCCUGCGCUUCCUCGCGUUCGUGAGCUUCGACUCGAGUUCACGAACAACCUAUUCAAGCCUGGUCAAAGUGGCGACGCGGGCAUCCUCACCAACCUGGUCGGCCCGUUCGUGUUGAGCCUGGCACCGCAGAUCGAGAAAUUUCGAGUAUGGUCAUGGGCCCUCCUUGACGUUUCUGCUUUUUUCUCUUUGCUCGCUCAGAGCGAAUUCCCGAUCCUCCGUGCGUUGAAUGUCCGGAUGGCGUUUGACAAGAGUCUGCGCGACCCAUCGGGGCUCAAGACGUUGCUCCUCCGAUGCUCGUCCACGAUGCAGAGCCUGGAGUUGAGGCUCAACCCCUCUGGUCUCCCCAUGAAUCCUUCUUCAGAGCAGCCGUUGAGCCUUUGGUUGAGCGAGUGUGCUCGGGAAGACGGGUGCCUUGCCCGUUUGAAGAGUUUGGAUAUUUACCCUACCAGCAUGGCGGCAGGAUUCGACGCCCUAUUGACAUCCAUCAAGAGAACAGAGGGGAGCCUCCUUGAACUCAUAGUGCGAGAUCGCUACCUGUUACCCACAGAGGCGAAGAUGGUCGCAGACGCAGUCUCACCGUGCGAGAAUCUAAAGUAUCUCAGGAUGAACGUCUGGAGACUUGACACCAUCCUCAUUGACCAUCUUGCGGAGAAAGCUCCAAAUAUUUCUCGACUCUGGAUAUCUAUUGGAGAUACCGCUACGAAUAAUAACACCGCUACGAAUAACAAUGCUGUAGGAGGGAUUGCGAAGACAUUUCAACAGGAUAUACAAGGGAGGUUAUAUGCCAAGUGGAAACUUAAGGACAUCACGAUCUGGCAAGGCGGGCAGGAGAUUGACGAGGACAUUAUGCACGCCCUUGCCCGGAGUAUACCUUCUGUGUACAGCUUCUUUGGAAAUGGGCACAUGCUUCGUGAAGACCUAUCGACAAGUAGUCCACCAAAUGUUCCAUUUGGACGUUGA